AUGGAUUCUCCCCGGACGGACGUACACAUUCCUGAUGUCGACAUUUGGACUUUACUGUUCGAACGAGAUGAUCUACAGACUACCUGUGGCAGAGCCUCGUUGACUGACGCUGCCACCGGUCAAUGCUAUACAUACGAGGUCAUUCGCGAGCGUGCCCUGGCAUUUGGUCAACUCCUCCAGCAGAAAUGGAACUGGCAAAAGGGCGAUGUUCUGGUCACACACACGGGAAACUCCAUUGACCUCCCUCCGAUUAUAUGGGGAACACUCGCUAUCGGGGGCGUCGUCUGUCCAACGAAUCCGCAAUACAAUGUCUCGGAACUAUCAUUUGUUCUAGGCGAUACACGGGCUCGGGCGGUCGUUACCGAUAACGGUCGUGAAGACGUAGCUCGUGAGGCAGUGAAGCGUGCCGGAGCAGCCUCCGAUGCAGUCAUUUCCCUCGCCUAUAUCAGAGACGAAUUGUCCUCUAGCCAGUUCAAGAACGUUUUUCGGCCAGCCAUUACGUGUCCGGAGAGUAGUCUCGCUUUCCUGGUGUACUCUUCGGGCACAACCGGUCGUCCAAAAGGCGUGAUGCUGUCUCAUCGGAACAUGGUUGCCAAUGUCAUGCAGUCCUCGUUGGUCGCUCGCGAUCUGUUGGGGGCGGAAGGCCGUAUACUGGCCAUGCUCCCGUUCUUUCAUAUUUAUGGAAUUACCUGCCUCUUGAGCCUGCCGCUGUAUCUCGGCAUCCCGAUUUUUGUUAUGCCACGGUUCCAACUGAAGGAGUUUUGCACCGCGGUGGAGAAGCACCGUAUCACCUGUGCGUUUGUGGUCCCCCCUGUAAUCCGACAGCUAGUGUUGAAUAUCGACGAAGUCCGUCAAAACAAUCUUCAGUCACUGCGGGUAAUGGUAUCAGGUGCUGCUCCACUAGAUGUCGGGUUGAUUCAUACAUUGCAGAAUGAGUUAAACGUCCCCAUUUCUCAAGGGUUCGGAAUGAGCGAAUGUGCUCCAUGCACUCACUGGCAGGAAUGCCAGCAUUACCCUGGGUCCGUCGGCCGGCUGCUCCCCAACAUGACGGCCCGGCUUGUAGCGGUUGAUAGAGGGAACGAUUCGCAGACGGGAGAGCUCUGGGUCAAGGGUCCUAAUGUCUUCUUGGGGUAUCUGAAUAACGGUCCGACCAACAACGAGGUGUUCUCCGAGGAUGGCUACUACAAGACAGGUGAUGUAGGAUACCAGGACGUUGAUGGGAACUUCUACAUCACAGACCGCAUAAAGGAGAUGAUCAAGUACAAUGGGUUCCAGAUUGCGCCUGGGGAGUUGGAAUCUCUUUUAUGUCGUCACCCAGCAGUCGCUGAUGCUGCAGUGGCUGGGAUUGAGCACGACGGCACAGAGCUGCCGAGAGCAUACGUGGUCUUGCGUUAUGGAUGCGACUUAACCCCAGAUCAAAACACGGCGAAUGCUCUCAUGGAAUUCGUGAACGGCCUAGUUAUCAGCUAUAAACGGCUGAGGGGUGGUGUCAGUUUUGUUGCCGAGAUUCCCCGCAGUCCGGCAGGGAAGACGCUGAGACGAGUGCUGAAGGAGUUAUAUUCGCCAGUGUUUCACGAUACCUGCCACAAGCGGAUAUCAACAUAA